AUGUUGCCACGAAAUAUACAACCACUACCGAGAAUACUACGAUGUUUUAAAGAUUUGAAUAACAAUUUACUGAUACUACGGCAUCCUACUAGGCUGACAAGAUUUGUUUCUACAAAACCACAACAUUUUAAAAAACAAAAGGACUCAUUUGAUGAUCUAUUUAUAUCCAAAACCCUUUCUUCGACAAAGUAUCAAGAUGAUGAAUUGAUAAAAUGUACAAUAUUUGAUGAAAAUGGAGUAAUGAUCCAUCAUGGUAAAGAAAUUGCUAAAUCACAAUUCAUGAAACAGUAUAACUUAAUUCCUAGGGAUUUUAGAAAAAUUUCAAAACAUACUACAGUACUGGGUAGUAAAAAUCCGAGUUUAAUGAUGCAUAAUAUUGAACUUGUCCCAAGUUUAGUUACUAGAAAGAAUUGCAUAAUGCUAAAUUUGUCAAAUGUUCGAGCGUUAAUAAAUAAGGAUAAAGUUACAUUAUUUGAUUCACAUUCAUUCACGAGAAGUGAAAGUCAUACUCAACUGCAAUUUUUGAAACAAUUAUCUGAUAAUUUGAAAAAAAGAGAUGAAAACCAUGUUCAUGACGAGUAUUAUGAGUUCAAGGCUUUGGAGACAAUAUUAAUUCACGUCAUUGCAAAUCUAACUACUGAAAUGAAAGUACAUAAAACUAUAGUGACUAAUGUUUUGAGUGGAUUAGAUGAAAGUAUAGAAAGAUUCAAAUUACGGUAUUUAUUGAUUCAACUGAAAAAAUUGGCACAAUUUCAACAAAAAGUUACGUUGAUACGGGAUUUAUUGGAAGACGUUUUAGAAAGAGAUGAUGAAUUAAAUGAUUUAUAUUUAACUGAUCCAAGGACUGGAACAAAUCAUGAAGAAAUCGAGAUGUUACUAGAAUCGUAUUACAAGACAGCUGAUGAAAUUGUGCAAACGGUUGACAAUUUGAGGUCUCAAAUUAAGACCACAGAAGAAAUAAUAAAUAUUGUGCUAGAUUCAAAUAGAAAUGAAUUGAUGUUGCUAGGUUUAAAAUUUUCCACUGGUUUGUUAUCAAUGGGUGUAGCAUUAUAUUUUGCAGCUUUAUACGGUAUGAAUUUAGAAAACUUCAUAGAGGAAUCCGACGGUGGAUUUGAGUUUAUCAUUUUAGUUUCAAUGUUAUCGUUAGCUGGAUUGUUAUUUGUUAGCGUCAAGCAAUUGAAAAAAGUUGAAAAGAUUACUAUGACUAAUUUUAAAGGAGGAAGGAAUAGAUAA